ACAGAAGGUUAGUUCGUUUUGUAUCUCACUGCACUGCAUCGGGGCGGUUCUAAAAGUGACAUUGGAGAACACAAGAACAUUGAUCUCUGGUGUACGCAGGUGAUAAAAACAAACGCCACAUCGUUGAGAGUCUAUGACCGUUACUACGUGCGCGGUGUUAUGGCUGGUGUUGUAGUUGUUGUACUUAGCCUAGCAUGUUUAGUUUGCAAAACAUCGUGAUAUAACUUCAUUUAUACAUCAAUGAAACCAUUGGACUCAGAUGAGGAGGAAGCGGAGCAGCUGGUUGCUCACCAAAAACAGCUUCGACAGCGGGCCAACCAGAGUCUGCAGCAGUUGAGCAGUGCACUGGAGCAGCAGAGCUCUGAUGAAGAGGAGGAGGAAGAGGAUGAGGAGCCCAGAGGCAGGGAGGGGAGCCUCUUCACCAUGGCUGGAGAGGACAGGACUGCAUGGAGCCAAAAGACACAGAGUGAAGCAGUAAAUCAGUUGAAGAGCCUCCUACUGAAGCAGUGCAGAGAAAUUCCCUCUUCUCUCUCCCCUUCAAAGAAAAAGCCUCCACCCAACAGAGUACAGCAGGGGGGAAGGUCCAACUCAGCUGAUUUUCAAGAUUUGGUCCCAAUGAUUCACAACCAAUCAGAGUACAUCCAACACCUGGAAGCUGAGGUCAAAUUGUGCAAGGAGGAGCUGCAGGGGAUGAAGCAGCGGAUCAGAGUGGUGGUGGUGGACAAUGAGAAGCUGCAGUCAGACCUCAAAUCAAGAGCUGCGGAUGAAUCACUAAAAGACUACACCAUGAGAAACUCCAUGGUCAAUGAGAGUAUGGCAGCCGACAGCCACAGCAUGCUGCACAGAGCAGAACACUCCACAUGGAAAAAUGAAAUGGAGCAAUUGAAAGUGAUCUACCAGGCUCAGUUUGAAAGCUUAGAGGCUCAGGUCAUCUCCCUCAGGAAGGAUCUGUCGGUCAGUCAGAAGGAGUGUGAGGAGGUGAAGGUUCGCCUGAGACACCGGGAGAAGCAGGCUGCAGACGCACUGCGGGCUGAUGGAGCGCCCCGUGUGGCAGGACUGUGUCUGCAGUGUGCGCAGCAUGAAGCUGUGUUGGCUGGGACUCACACAAAUCUGCAUGUGCAGGCCAUCGACAGGGUCACAAAGGAGCGCGAUGAGUUGCUGGUGGCUCUGCGUGCCGUGAGGGCCAGUCAGCAGGAGGCGCAACAGAGAGAGUGGUCAGCCUGUCUUCAAGUCAAACAGGCUGUGGAGAUGGCGGAAGAAGCACAUCUGUACAAAGCGAGGGUGGAGGUGCAGUGUGAGCAGCUGUCCAGGGAGCUGGCUCGACAGAGGGAACAUGUAGAACGAGAAGCAAAGGUCCUGAAGGAGAGACUGGCUGAGGCCCGAGAGGAGGGCCGAGCGGAGGCCCGCAAACAGAAAGAGGAGCUGGCACACACAGUAUCCAGCCUCUCGCAGCAGGUUGCAGAGUUGCAAGGACAGCUGGACAGAGCUCACAGAGACAACAGCUCUCUGACCAACCAGCUGGAGGAUUCUCUCCGCAAACUCACCGCUCAGGAACAAGACAAUACCAAGGUGUGUGUGGAUCUGCGAUAUCAGCUCAGCCAGGCCCAACUGAAGAAAGGGGAGGCAGAGAGAGAGCUGCGAGAGCUCAACACCAAGACCAGCCGACACAUGGAGAAAGCUGCACAGGAAGUGGAAAGGCUGAGCUCAGAGCUGGUUGGCUGUCGGCAGCACCUGGAGGCGGUCCAAAAGGACGGGAGCCAAUGGCAGGCCGAAGCCCUGAGCCUAGCAGAACAGCUGGCAAACGCCCAGCGCCAAGUGCACCUCACCAGGCAGCACAGAGAGAGUGCAGAGCGGGCUCAUGAAGAGGAACUGGCGUCUACAACUCUUAAAGCGCGGGACAGAGAGAGAGAGCUGUCUGCGCUGCUGGAGCUAACGGAGGCGGAACACCAGCAGAGAGUUGGAGAACUGGAUGGGCUGCUGAGUUCCCAGAAUUCCCUGAUCAGGAAGCUGAAGGACGAGUGCUACUCGCUGGGAGUCAAACUGGAAGAGCUGACAGAAAACAGCCGAGGGGAUCUGGAGCAGCUGGCCCUGGAGAAGCAACACCUCGAGGAGUCCGUAAAGAGUCUGAGAGCUCGCUGCGCUGGUAUGGAGGAUCAGUGUGUGCAGCACGGCCGCAUGCACCAGCGCAUGAAGCACAGUGCAGAAUCUUCCUGGCAUGUUGAAGCGUCUCCUACGAAGCUGCAGAGCUGGCCUCUCAUCAGCACCGCCGUGUCUCUUUCUGGAGAACAUUGUUUUAUGGAAGGAUGUUCGGUGCGUCUACAUGCAGAGAUCAGAGGUUGGGAUUGGAUAAGGAUUGGCAUUUCCUCACUGUGACUCAGAUCAGUUUGGUGUUGCCUUCAAUCGCUCUCAACACUUCCCUCAUCAAACAUUUACAGCUCCAGAACAACGGGCUGUUUCUGACCUUUCCCUCCUCUGCUGCACUCUGUGAGCGGCACACUGUUGGGUCUGCAUCUUGGCUCAACACACAGGGGCUCUAUCUGUGUGAGUGUGUGUGUUUGUGUGUGAGUGACGUGGCGGUGCCCUGCUGUGUGACGUGUAGGAGGGAGAGAGAGGGGGAGGCCGGUCAGGACAGCUUGGCGGCCGGCUGCAGGAACACCAGGCGGGGGGGGAGUCAUCGCCCUCACCCUCCAGGGCUGAGAUAUAAGGAAUACUUCACCCAGAAAUGAUCAUUUUUAAAACAGUAACUAACCUGGGCUACUUGAUAUCUUGAAGGAACGUUUUUUCUCUCGCAUGCCUCCGUGGUGGACGAAGAAUCAAAAUAGUUAGAAAAAGUUAUUGAUAGAUUUAGGUAUCCAUACAGCCCAAUAUCACAAAACACAUUACAAGAUGGGGUGUUACAAUACAAAUAAAAUGGUUUGAAUGAAAUAAAUAUACAAUAAAAAUAACACUCUGCGUUAAGUCUCACUCACACAGGUGCUCUACUCGUCCGUGUUCCUGUUUAAGUGCUUUAAAUCGUACGUUUUAAGUGUAAAAAUGCAUGUGUUAUGACUUAAAUUAUGGUUUGACCCACAUUCACUUCGACCCAUCAAGAGUUUUUUCUAAAUUUCAAUUUUUUUUUACAACUGUGGGAAAAAAUCAAAUAAUAUCAGGUGAGAAAUUACAAUUUUGGGAGUAUGCCUUAAAGUCAGGAUAGAGGAGGGUGGAUUAAAGAAAUGAUAUCUUGUACUUAAGUAAAUGUAAAAAAUACCAUAGUGAAUUCUCAAGUUAC